GAUAAAUAACCAUCUGCUUUACUUGAGAAGCACACGACAAAUGAACAACGUGUACACGUUUCUUUUAUUAUCCGAGUAAACAUUGCGCCCAUUGUGAAUACUGAAGCCAUGACGCGCUUGGAACAGGAAAUGUUGUUUGGCACAAAGGCUGUGCAUACUUCCCUACUAUGUAGUACGUAUACAGUGCAGUAACUAACAUAUAUCCAUACUAUACUAUAUAGGAGGGCAGUGCGCGAUCUGUGACGGAGACAAUUCCCUCCCGCUCCGGCUGCGAUUAGACUGCUGUAGUCAUGUCCUUCAGGAGGGGUGUGGUUAGGCAAAGUAAGUUCCGACAUGUAUUCGCCCAGGCAUGGAAGGCGGAGCAGUGUCUGGAUGACAUCAGAGUUACCCGUGUGACAUGGGAUGGGCAGCUCUGUGUAGCCAAUCCAAAGUUCAUUGCUGUUAUUACUGAGGCCGGAGGGGGCGGAGCCUUUCUUGUAUUUCCACUCACAAAGACCGGUAGAGUGGACCAGUCCACUCCCGGGGUGUGUGGCCAUGCUGCUCCUGUGCUUGAUAUCCAGUGGUGCCCACAUGAUGACAACAUAAUUGCCAGUGCUUCAGAAGACUGCACAGUAAAGAUAUGGCACAUUCCUGAAGGCGGGCUCACAGUACCAAUGACUGAGGCUACAGUAACUCUAGAGGGCCACAGUAAAAGAGUGGGCAUUUUGGCCUGGCACCCUACAGCACUUAACAUCUUACUAACUGCAGGUUGUGAUAAUGUAUUGUGCAUAUGGGAUGUUGGCACGGGUGAGCUGGUGUACGAGCUGAGUGAUGUGCAUCCGGAUCAGAUCUACAGUGUGAGCUGGAACAGAGAGGGCAGUUUGAUCUGUACCACCUGCAAAGACAAAGCCCUGCGUGUUAUUGACCCCCGACGGGGAACUGUCCUUAAGAUACGGGACAAGGCCCAUGAGGGCACUAGGCCAAUGAGAGGUGUCUUCCUGACUGAUGGAAAAAUCCUGACAACUGGCUUUAGCCGCAUGAGUGAGAGACAGCUGGCCUUAUGGGAUACGAAAGAUCUCUCAGAGCCAAUGGCAGUUCAGGAAAUAGACGCCAGUAAUGGAGUUCUCCUUCCCUUCUAUGACCCAGAUACCAACAUGAUCUAUCUGUGUGGAAAGGGUGACAGCACUAUUCGGUACUUUGAGGUAACCAACGAGUCUCCUUACAUCCAUUUUCUCAGUCUCUACAGUAGCAAGGAGCCUCAGAGAGGAGCUGGUUUCCUCAGCAAGAGAGGCGUGGAUGUUAAUAAGUGUGAGAUUGCCAGGUUCUAUAAACUCCAUGAGAGGAAAGUUGAGCCCAUUUCCAUGACUGUGCCAAGAAAGUCAGACCUGUUCCAGGGGGACCUGUAUCCAGACACAGCUGGCUUAGAGCCCGCUUUACUGGCUGAAGACUGGAUUGCAGGGCAGGACGCUCCUCCAAUCUUAGUUUCUAUGAGCGGAGGCUACAACGUUCCUGCCUCCAAAUAUAACACUCUCCGCGGAAGACCUAAGCUACUACCUCAGAGCAACUCAGCUACUAACAUCAGUAGCAACACUACAGCUCUCAGCACAAAUGCUACAGGCAGACAGACAGAGAGUGAGAGGACACAGCAAGUGCAAAGUAGGAAAGAGGUUGAAGGAGGGACAGAGAGAACACGGAAAGAGGAUAACCAGCUGGCUGAAAUUUUGACUGAAAUCCGUGCCCUUCGUGCUCUUGUGUUAGCUCAGGGUCACAGGAUUGACGUGCUCGAGAGGCAGUUAGCGCGAAUGGACGAUGGAGAAGUGUGACCUACGGAGACCCAUAGCCUUAAAGUAACCUACUCUACAAUAGCUUUACAUUACCGUGAAGGGAAACACAGUUCAAUACUUUAAGUGUAACAUGAUAAAUAUUGAGCAUUGACGUUUUAUGCUUGUUUUAGGCGUGGGUUAAUUAUAAUGAAUCGAAACAAAAUAGGAAACUGAAUGUCACUUUUACAUCAGGUACUGACUACUGCUGCUUUGAAACUGAUUUAGGAAAGAUUGCAGUAUGGGUUGAAGUACUUUUUUUUUGUUGGCAGAAGCAUUUGGGUGUGUAGCUCCUCAAUAGGAAAAGUAUCAAUGAGAGAGCAAUAUGGAACCCAAAAUCCCACAUGCUGUACUCAAGUAGCUUUUGCUAUUAACUAGCCUUGAUGGUCAUAAAGCAUAUCUGCAUCUACUGGCCAGAACUGUUAACAUCAUCUUUUCUACUUGCAUUAGAAGGGUUUAAAUCUUAACAGUGUAGCUGUUGUGACAUUUGUGGUGUGGGUUAGUAAGUACACUUCAUUUUAUACCAUUAGAGACUGUGUUUUGUGUAGAGACUCUGUGGGCUGUUUGUAUUCUUAAAGCCUAUGUAGCACUGAAGGAUUCGUAAUGGAUAACAGCAGGGCUAUGAUAGAUUUUUUUAAAUCUUUUAAAUCUUUUCUCAUUCCCACAUACUGUAUAUUUUUGUGCACUACAAUCAGGGAUGUCUGUAUGCUCAUCCUUGUUCCUUAAUCAUGUUGUUUACACUUUAUGUGCUUUAUGUGAUGAAAUGUGAAAUACAUUUUUUCUUGCAGGCCUCACAUUUAAAAUAAAAUCCAUAAGCGUGUUCAACACUGAA